AUGUGGCGCUGCGUCUCUCGUAGCCUUCGAGCUCCUUCUUCAAGGACCUCACUCUCUGGAUCUCGCUUUUCUAGAUUCUUCUCCUCCGGUUCCACCGAUGGGAAAUCCUCGUAUACGAUAGUGGAUCACACGUAUGACGCGGUCGUUGUGGGAGCUGGUGGUGCUGGACUUAGAGCGGCGAUUGGAUUAUCGGAGCAUGGAUUUAACACAGCUUGCAUUACCAAGCUUUUCCCUACACGGUCGCAUACUGUCGCUGCUCAGGGUGGUAUUAAUGCUGCACUGGGAAAUAUGUCUGAAGAUGAUUGGAGAUGGCACAUGUAUGACACUGUCAAAGGAAGUGACUGGCUAGGUGAUCAAGAUGCUAUCCAAUAUAUGUGUAGAGAAGCACCAAAGGCUGUGAUUGAACUUGAGAACUAUGGACUGCCUUUUUCUCGAACUGAAGAAGGGAAAAUUUACCAGCGUGCAUUUGGUGGUCAGAGUCUUGAUUUUGGAAAAGGUGGUCAGGCCUAUCGUUGUGCUUGUGCUGCGGAUCGGACUGGGCAUGCUCUGUUGCAUACCCUCUAUGGACAAGCAAUGAAGCAUAACACACAGUUCUUUGUUGAAUACUUCGCUCUGGAUUUGAUCAUGGCUAGUGAUGGCAGCUGCCAGGGUGUAAUUGCACUCAACAUGGAAGAUGGAACAUUACAUCGUUUCCGCUCUGCACAAACAAUUUUGGCCACUGGGGGGUAUGGAAGAGCAUACUUCUCUGCAACCUCAGCACAUACAUGCACAGGAGAUGGCAAUGCCAUGGUUGCACGGGCUGGUCUUCCACUCCAGGACUUAGAGUUUGUUCAAUUCCAUCCAACUGGUAUCUAUGGGGCCGGAUGUCUCAUUACUGAAGGAUCUCGAGGUGAAGGUGGUAUCCUUAGAAACAGUGAAGGUGAACGUUUUAUGGAACGAUAUGCUCCUACAGCCAAGGAUCUUGCAUCAAGAGAUGUGGUCUCCAGAUCUAUGACUAUGGAAAUUAGGGAGGGUCGUGGUGUAGGACCUCAUAAGGAUCACAUAUAUCUCCAUCUGAAUCAUCUUCCGCCGGAAGUUCUAAAAGAAAGGCUUCCUGGAAUCUCUGAGACUGCUGCCAUCUUUGCUGGUGUUGACGUUACCAAAGAGCCAAUUCCUGUCUUACCCACUGUUCAUUAUAACAUGGGUGGUAUCCCAACAAAUUACCACGGCGAGGUAGUUACCAUCAAAGGUGAUGAUCCAGAUGCAGUGAUUCCUGGGCUAAUGGCUGCUGGGGAGGCAGCUUGUGCAUCUGUUCAUGGUGCCAACAGGCUUGGUGCAAAUUCACUGCUAGACAUUGUUGUGUUUGGCCGCGCUUGUGCAAAUAGAGUUGCAGAGAUAAACAAACCAGGGGAGAAACAGAGACCUCUUGAGAAGGAUGCAGGUGAGAAGACUAUCGCAUGGCUGGACAAAUUAAGAAACUCAAACGGGUCGCUUCCUACUUCAAGUAUCAGAUUGAACAUGCAGAGAAUUAUGCAGAACAAUGCAGCUGUCUUCCGCACCCAAGAAACAUUGGAAGAAGGUUGUCAGUUGAUUGACAAGGCGUGGGACAGUUUUGGGGAUGUCCAGGUGAAAGAUCGGAGUUUGAUAUGGAACUCUGAUUUGAUAGAGACACUGGAACUGGAGAACCUUUUGAUAAACGCUUCGAUAACAAUGCAUUCAGCGGAAGCACGAAAGGAAAGCAGAGGAGCACAUGCUCGGGAAGAUUUCACGAAAAGAGAAGAUGGAGAAUGGAUGAAACAUACAUUGGGAUAUUGGGAAGAUGAGAAAGUGAGACUGGAUUAUAGGCCAGUCCACAUGGACACUCUCGACGAUGAGAUCGAGACUUUCCCUCCCAAAGCUCGCGUCUAUUGA